AUGUCUGCCUCGGAACCUUUCCCCCUCCUCAACACAGCGAGCGAGCAACUGCACCACGAGUCCAACGUGGCUGCGGCGCGCCGGCGGAGGAAGUCGAGCGCCCUGGGCAGCGAACUCCGUGUGGGUGAUACUGGAGCCCCGAGUUUAGCUACGAGUCUGGCGCAUCUGGGUGGCACGCCGGAUAGCCCUCAGUUCAAGUCUCGAGCUCCCCUCAGCAAGCAAGCAACACGGCCGCUGACAAUCGAUCCCGAUCACCAGCCCGAUGGCAAGGAGAAGCGACUCUCCAAGCGGCGCAAGGCCCGCUCGCUCGCGCGCCGAGUCAAGAACUUCGCCCUCAAGCACACCUGCGUCCUGCCCCUCGCCAUCCUCCUCGCCUUCCUCUCCGUCUAUGCAGUCAACCCGACCGAGUCCAACCCGGUCCACCGCUUCAUCUUCCUCUCCUACCGCCUGCCCACUGCCCCCGGUCAGCCGGCGCAGUACGGCAAGGGCCCCUGGGACGUCGCCUUGGUCUCCUUCUAUACCGUCGUCUUGUCCUUCACCCGCGAGUUCGUCAUGCAGGAGCUCCUGCGGCCCCUCGCCCGCUACUCCGGCCUGACCUCGCGCGGCAAGCAGACUCGGUUCAUGGAGCAGAUGUACACGGCGCUCUACUUUGCCGUCCUCGGCCCCGCCGGUAUGUAUGUCAUGAGCAAGACGCCCGUCUGGUACUUCAACACCACAGCCAUGUACGAGGGGUUCCCGCACAAGACGCACAUCGCCGAGUUCAAGUUCUACUACCUUUUCCAGGCCGCCUACUGGGCCCAGCAGGCCAUCGUGCUCCUGCUCGGCAUGGAGAAGCCGCGCAAGGACUUCAAGGAGCUCGUCGGCCACCACAUCGUCAGCCUGGCCCUGAUCGGCCUGAGCUACCGAUUCCACUUCACCUAUAUUGGCUUGGCCGUGUACAUCACCCACGAUAUCAGUGACUUCUUCCUUGCUACCUCCAAGUCGCUCAACUACGUCGACGGGCCUUUCAUGGGCCCCUACUUCGCCAUCUUCGUCGCCGCCUGGGUCUACCUGCGGCACUACCUCAACCUGCGCAUCAUCUGGUCCCUCUUCACCGAGUUCCGCACCGUCGGCCCCUUUGAGCUGGACUGGGCCACCGAGCAGUACAAGUGCACGCUCUCGCAGGUCAUCACCACUGUCCUGCUGUGCUCCCUCCAGGGCCUCAACCUCUUCUGGUUCUACUGCAUCAUGCGCAUCGCCUUGCGCUUCGUCUUCAAGGGCCAGGCCAAGGACGACCGCAGCGACGGCGAGGACGACACCGAGGAGGAGGAGGAGGAAUCCUCCUCCGGCGGGCCCACCAUUGUCGUGGACGACGAGAAGAUGAGGGCGGCGGCGGCGUCGUCAACGGCCGUCUCCAACGGCAGCGCUGUUCCCAGGGCCAACGGCAAGGCUAAGAGAUAA